CUGCCUUGUGGGAGGAGGAGGAGCGCUCCUGACUCGGCGCCUGGGUAGCAGGCUCGGCUGGGGCGCCCGGCGGUGUUUACCUGACUCCGGCACAAAGCAGCCGCGGGGAGGGGACAGAAGCCCAGGUUGGACGCCUCGCUCCCCGCUGCAGCCAGCCAAGCAAUACGUGUCAGGGCUGGGACGCUCUGCCGCCGCGGAGUUCAUCCGGCUCAGUUACUCACGCUCCGCGGAGAGCCAACAUGCCCGCCGUGGACAAACUCCUCCUGGAAGAGGCUUUGCAAGACAGCCCGCAGACUCGCUCCUUGCUUAGUGUAUUUGAAGAAGAUGCAGGAACCCUUACAGACCAUACAAACCAGUUGCUUCAAGCAAUGCAGCGGGUCUAUGGGGCUCAGAAUGAAAUGUGUCUAGCCACACAACAGCUUUCCAAGCAGCUUCUUGCAUAUGAAAAGCAGAAUUUUGCCCUGGGUAAAGGAGAUGAAGAAGUGAUAUCCACCCUUCAUUACUUUUCAAAAGUAGUGGAUGAGCUUAACAUUCUCCAUUCUGAGCUGGCAAAACAGCUUGCGGACACAAUGGUUCUCCCAAUCAUACAAUUUCGAGAAAAAGAUCUUACAGAAGUAAGCACUUUAAAGGAUCUUUUCGGCCUUGCUAGCAAUGAACAUGAUCUCUCCAUGGCAAAGUAUAGCCGAUUACCAAAAAGAAGAGAAAAUGAAAAGCUAAAGACAGAAGUAGUAAAGGAGGUGGCAAAUGCAAGGAGGAAGCAGCAUCUUUCAUCAUUACAGUAUUACUGUGCCCUGAAUGCUCUGCAGUACAGGAAGAGAAUUGCAAUGAUGGAACCUAUGCUAGGAUACACCCAAGGACAGAUUAACUUUUUUAAGAAGGGAGCAGAGAUGUUUUCCAAAAGAAUGGACAGCUUUUUAUCAUCAGUUUCAAACAUGGUUCAAAGCAUACAGGGAGAGUUGGAUGCUGAAGCUGACGCCAUGAGAGUAUCCCAGCAGGACUUGCUUUCAGUUAAUGAGUCUGUUUACACCCCCGAUUCUGAUGUCACCUCACCAGCAAUCAACAGAAACCUUAUUCAGAAGGCUGGCUACCUUAAUCUUAGAAAUAAAACAGGCCUGGUGACUACAACCUGGGACAGACUCUAUUUCUUCACUCAAGGGGGAAACCUGAUGUGCCAGCCCAGGGGAGCAGUAGCUGGAGGACUGAUUCAGGAUCUGGAUAACUGCUCUGUAAUGGCAGUGGACUGUGAAGACCGACGAUAUUGCUUUCAGAUCACCACUCCUACAGGAAAAUCGGGGAUAACCCUUCAAGCAGAAAGUAAAAAAGAAUACGAGGAGUGGAUAUGUGCGAUCAACAACAUCUCCAGGCAGAUCUAUCUCACCGACAAUCCAGAGGCUGUUGCAAUCAAGUUAAAUCAGACGGCCCUUCAGGCAGUGACCCCCAUCACAAGCUUCGGAAAAAAACAUGAAAGUUUGCGUCCCAGCCAGAAUGUGAAGAAUAUGGAGAUGGAGAGUGACAAGAUCAUCCCUAAAGAACUGUCCACCAAACCCGAUUGCACAGAGUUAAUAGCACCUGGAACGCCGAUUCAGUUUGACAUGGUACUUCCUGCAACUGAAUUCCUGGAUCAAAACAGAGGUGGCAGGCGCACAAACCCAUUUGGAGAAUCUGAAGACAGCAAGAACGAUGAGGAAGAUUCACUCUUGCAGCAGAUGUUUGUAGUUCGGUUUUUAGGAUCUAUGGCUGUUCAAUCAGAUGAUACAAAUGAGGUGAUUUAUGAAGCUAUGAGGCAAGUGUUGGCUGCUCGUGCCAUCCAUAACAUCUUCCGUACAACUGAAUCCCAUCUAAUGGUCACCACCAAGAGUCUCAGGUUAAUAGAUCCUCAAACCCAAGUUACACGAACAACUUUUGAACUUGCCAGUGUGACGCAGUUUGCUGCCCAUCAGGAUAACAAGAGACUGCUUGGUUUUGUGGUCCGUGUCACCGAGUCUCUGGGGGAAGAAUCCAUGAGUGCGAAUAUUUUUGAGAGCAACACAGAAGGCGAAAAGAUUUGUUAUGCAAUAAGUUUGGGAAAGGAAAUUAUUGAGGCUCAAAAGGAUCCAGAAGCACUAGCUCAGUUAAUGAUGUCCAUGCCGCUAACAAAUGAUGGCAAAUUCAAAUUAUUGAAUGACCAAUCAGAAGAGGAUGGAGCCAUACCUGAAGAGAGGGGGGAGGAGUCAGAAGCAUAAACUUUUCAUGCCUCGUAUGCUGGUUGGGAAGGGGGAAAGCAAGGAGUCUUUUUUGCAGAGCGCUCUGGUUUUCAAAUGUUUGUGCACACCCUGGGCCAGAUUCUGUUUUCUCUUACAGUAAUGAGAAUAAGGAGUAACUGAGUGUAGUUUCUCUUGACUUACAGUAGAGUGAGAGCAGAAUUUUGCCUUCUGGGUUUGUUUGGAAUAGCUGACAAUCUUUUGUGGAGUGUUUCAAUGUUAGUUCCUUGAUGCUGACAGUCAGCUGAAAAAUGCUGACUGUUCGAAGCAAAGGGUUAAUGUCACAUUCUUCAGUUUUAUACACUUUCGGUUAGUUUGGAGGUGCUGAUCACCUUAUCAUUGACUUCAGUUGGAGUUGUAGAUGCUCAGUCUCUCUGAAAAUCAGGCCACUGUAGAAAUUUUGUACCCGUAGUGAUUAGUAACUUCCAUAGUUUGCAUGAUCGUGUAUCUGAAUGAAGGUUAAGAAAAAUGCACUAUUUACUUUAUUUUCAAAUGAAGUUUUUUAGUUUCUAGUGUACUUUAAGUGUAACAAGAAUUUCUUUUGUGCUAGUCUAUUUACAAAACUAUUUGAUAAACACUAAUUUUUUCCUAUUAAUCUAUUUUUGUAUUGCACCUAGAAUAAGCUUACAAAAUAAAUUUAAGUGCCUAUUCAUCUUCAUGGGGACCACACUUACUCAAUUACAGAAUGUAUAAAUCCUGGAUAUAACACAACUCCUGGAUUUGUUUGUUUUAAAUACAACUAAAAUGCAAACAGAAUCCAGAACUAGUGAAGGAAUUUGCAUGUUUGCGUGUGGUUUUUACAUGGUUAAGCUUCUUGAAAGUAACAGCCAGGGAUAACGGUCAUAAGUCAGUAUGUUUAUAGCAUUAAGUAUGGUUGUAUAACAUUAAUUUUAUGGUGAAAUAUAAAGUCUGACAGUCUGCAACAGUCUUCAAUAAAAAAAAAAGUUUACCAAUAAAAUGCUAGAUUAUAAAUCUGUGGUAUAGUGACUGGUGUUUUCACAUAGCUUGCCUGAACUGAGGCACUUUGUGCACUGGCUAAGGAGUUUUCUCCAGUUUCAUCUGCAAUAAGUUAUACAGGACUUGCUUAUGGAGGUUUUGCCAUUUUGUGUUGCGUAGUCAAGAAGCAGCUGGUCGGUUGGA